AUGUACAUCAAGGGAACAGGGAAGCAUGACAGCUGCUGCUCGCUGUUGCUCAGGCUGGUGGAUGUCAGACGGCUGGCCUGGCAUGGCAAGAUCAAGUCCCUGGAGCAGAUCUUCCUGUUCUCCCUGCCCAUCAAGGAGUAUCAGAUCGUGGACACCUUCCUGGGCUCCGCGCUGAAGGACGAGGUGAUGAAGAUCAUGCCGGUGCAGAAGCAGACGCGCGCGGGGCAGCGCACGCGCUUCAAGGCCUUUGUGGUGGUGGGCGACUACAACGGGCAUGUGGGGCUGGGCGUGAAGUGCGCCAAGGAGGUUGCCACCGCCAUCCGCGGCGCCAUCAUCCUGGCCAAGAUGGCCAUCGUCCCCGUGCGCCGCGGCUACUGGGGCAACAAGAUCGGGCCGGUGCACACCGUCCCCGGCAAGGUCACGGGCACCUGCGGCUCCGUGUCGGUGCGCCUGAUCCCCGCGCCGCGCGGCGCGGGCAUCGUGGCGGCACGCACGCCCAAGAAGGUGCUGCAGAUGGCGGGCAUCGUGGACUGCUACACCUCCUCCCGCGGCACCACCCGCACCCUGGGCAACACGGUGAAGGCCACCUACGCCGCGCUGGCCGCCACCUACGGCUUCCUCACCCCGGAGCUGUGGAAGGAGACCGUGUUCCAGAAGGGACCCUUCCAGGAGUUCACAGACUUCCUGGCCAAGCCCGUCAUCAAGGGCCACUAG